AUGGAGGCAACAAGUAUCUACCCAAAUUCUACGCCUCUGUUGGCCACGAAUGGGCUCGGUAUCACUUUAGCAGGCAGUGACCCAGACCAUGUAUCUCUCGAACCCGAUUUGAUCAAUGACCCACGUAGACGAUAUACCCAGGACAGUGCAGUAGAUGCAAUUGGUGUCAUGCGUUUACAUGUGCGCAAUGCUCUAGGUUACGCAUUCUUACGACCGUAUCACAUUGCGAGAUUAAGGAGUGCAAAGUCAGGAAAUCGUUUUGUAAAGGAAGCGAAGUGGAAAACUCAAGCUUCGUUCUACCGACACAAUUACCGUCACUUUGUACCGCAUGACUUGAUGAUGGAGUUUUUGGAAAAUGAAUGCCCCAUACAAGAGGAUGGUCAGAACAUAUCAAAAUGGCAGGGCAACGCAAUUGCAGGAGUUGAUCGUGGGCAUGACGGCCACGUGAUAUUUUAUCCUACAGGACAGGUGCUGCAGCAAGUUUGUGCAUGGUAUAGUAAAGGCGAAACGAACGAAGGCCCGCCAUGCUCGAGCACCGUGAUCGAGACAGGUGCUGUAAUCCGACAAUUAUCAGUGAUGGGAAGUAAGGAUGCGUAUCAUUCGGCAAGUAGUUCGAAGAUAUUUGCGGCUGCUCGUGGAUGUACAAAUUGCACAAUCAUUGCAGCUCCUGCACGUGUCACGCCUGAUAAGAUGCGGAAGCUACAGGCAAAGGCAAAAAUCUCUUUGACUGAGAUGAUCAACCACGUAGCUGGUAGCCCGCAUGCAGAAGCAGAAGUGGCCUUGGUUACAGCUGAUGGUAUGGUUCGGUGGUGGGAUCCAGAAGGCGGGAUUCGAUUUGCCAACAAAGAUGUGAAUAUACCAGACCGCUUACUGCGCUGCGAAUAUUCGAGUCAUCCCCGCGUUCUUUUGGCAGUAAAUCGAGUCGUAGUUGCAGCUCUAGAUCUUCGACAACCAGCGCAACACGCGAGCAAAUUAUUUGAUCUGGCAGGCACGGGCACCUACAUUACUAUAUAUGACGUCAAGCGCAGAGCUAGCAACCCAUUCCAUUUUGUAGUCGGCACAGGUGUCUCUGUUGAGCUCGUGGAUAGUCGCAUGGCAAGACAAUCCCUUGUAUCAUGGGUUCAACCAGAGAGCUAUUCUGGCAAGGCUGAGAUUUCGUUCGGAGCAAUUGAUGAAGUGGACAUAUCAAGAAAUGCCAGCGAUUUACGUGGUUAUAUUGUUUCAAGCUCAAAACGGCCAAAAGUUACGACGCUGUUUCCUUUUGAGCGAAAUAGAAAAAGAAGGCGUGGCAAAGCGUUGUCGUUGACGUUACUGCGCUCGAAUGGAGAUGACGAGUUCUCAGAGAUGUCGCGCACAUGCACAGAGCAGCUUGUUGCUUCUGACGCAACGUUGGAUUUACACAUGGAAGACGGCGGGGAAUAUACCAAUUUGACCGGUAUUUGCGCGUUGCGCAAUGAUAACUCCGCAUCUGCUACCAUUUAUCAGCUAAACAGUCUGGGAGAUGUGUUGUCCCACCAGGUAUCAUUUGGCCGUUCUUCGACAAAGUCAUACCAUGCAGCUGUUCAGGCAGAUUUGCCGUGUGGAGUCACAGCCCAGGCUCACACUGUGUGUAAAAGAGUCGCAAGAACUUUACCAAUACCGCUAGAUGCGAUUCUUCCAGAGUACGAUACUGAGUCGAUGCAAAGGUUUACUACAUUUCCCAUCAAAGUACUCCGGCGACAGUUUCCGCGACUACCAGAAAAUAAAGAGAUUGAAUUUAAAGGAAAUGUUACAGCGGCGUACAGUCGGAGAACCAACAAGAGUAUUACCGAAGUCAGCAAAGCAAUCGCUGCCAACAUCAACAGAAAUUGUCGACAAAGUCUAGACAAUAACGGCAACAUGAAAACUGGUGGAACCGGUGAACAAUCCAGGAAAAUGUAUACCGAAAGUUGCGGCGAGGACACCGACGACGAAAUGGACGCGGUGAUAUCUGUUAAAUGUCGCUCGCAAAGUUUUGACAAGGAUGAAUUAGUCAGCUUGCUUGCCAACGUCUGCAACCCAUCAACUUCACUGUUUCGGCUACACCGUUACGUUCUUGAUGAGCUGAAAAUUGAGCUCACCUCGUCUGAACUCUUGCAGCUCCUGCGUUCAAGCAGCAAGUUGAGAAUACGAACAGUGCACCAUACGUUUCCCGCGGAUACGUUUCGUGUGCGCAAUCCGUCAUUGCUAGGGGCCGAUGCCGUGCACUGCAAAAAGGAUGACCCUCGUUUAGCAACGUGUGCAUGCUAUCCAGGAUUGUCACGAUCGCAACUGCCGUGCAUGUCUUGGGCGUGUGUUAUUCCUCAUAUGGUCAUCGUGUCAAGAACGUCAACGGAGUUGCAAUUGGAUGACACAGCUCCUUCGUCAGCGCCUAGACAAAAAAUGCCGGUCGAUUUGGCGGAUAUCAUUGUUGCAGCACAGGCUGUGUACGAUGAUAUGCACGCAUCUCCAUAA